UCACUAAAACACUCACUUUUUUUGUUCCUCGUCUUCAUCCGCCGCUCUUGUAUAAUCUCUUACGGCGUCGUCCCGUCAUGGUUCCCGCCAUUGUUACAUGAGAGUAGGAACCCCAAUACCUCUCCACCCGCUCCAGGGAAAGGGAGUGUUCUGAAUUCCCGGGAAAGCGGUUUCUUCAUUUGUCUUCUUAUAUCCGAAAGACUAGGAUUUAUGAACCAGAAUCAAUCAAGGGCUGAGAGGUGCGAUUCUGUACAGUACAGGAGAACCGGCCGAUCCGGCAGCUCCAAUCAGCAGCGUCACUACUCCGGUGGCGUUUCCAUUAAGGGUGGUGGUGGCGCCUCCUCCGCCUCCACCAAUCUUUCUAAUCGCAGUUUUAAGAAGUAUAACAACAAUGAACCAGUAGCGCAGCAGGGAGCGGGACCAUGGAAUGUGGAUUCUGGCGAUUCAUCUGCCGUACAUGCUGUAAAUAAUGGUGCUCAUCAACUGCAGCCAGCUCAAACAGUACCUGAAGCCUCUCUAAAGACUACCCGACCUGUUCCUAAAUCUCCAUCCAGUAAUGUUUCGUUGGCAGCUGCACCGUCCAAUGUUUCAUCUGACUCCAAGGCCCCAGCGACACCUGGAGAAAUUUCAGGAGAUGCAUCUAAGUCGUAUCCCUUGCAGUUUGGGUCCAUAGGUACUGUUAUUGCGAAUGUAAUGCAGAUACCCGCUCGAACAAGCUCUGCACCACCAAAUUUGGAUGAGCAGAAAAAAGAUCAGGCACGUUAUGAAUCUUCAAGGACAGAUCCUGCUUUGCCAACUCCAUCAAUCCACAAGCAGCAUUUUCACAAAAAGGAUGCAGGAAUCCGUGACCAACCUAAUUCUGGUGAAGCUCAUUUAGCAUCUAGACCCAAAAGGGAUGGCCAAGUUUCAGCUGCACAACCUGGGAUUCAAACUCAGAGGCCUGCACUACACCCUAUCCCUAAAAUACCCAUGCAAUUUCCAUUCCACCAACAACAGAUAAAUGUUCAGUUUGGUGGUCCGAAUCCACAAAUGCAGUCUCAAGCCUUGUCAGGGCCGAUGCCAAUUCCAAUGGCCCUACCUCUAGGAAAUCCAUCAGUCCAGCAUUCAAUGUUUGUUCAAGGUAUCCAGCCACAUCCAAUGCAGCCUCAAGCAAUGAUGCAUCAGGGACAGGGAUUAAAUUUUUCCCCACAAAUUGGUACUCAGCUACCUCUUCAAUUGGGUAACAUGGGGAUGAGCUUGGCCCCACAGUUUCCUCAGCAAGCACCUGUAAAAUACAAUGGUUCUCGCAAAACUGUGAAGAUUACUCAUCCAGAAACUCAUGAAGAAUUGAGGCUUGAUAGUUCACCAGCUCCAAGGUUACAACCUAGUGCGCAAUCUCAGUCACAGCCUAUUUCUUCAUUUCCUCCUAAUGUGCCGAUGAAUAUUCAUCUCAGUUCUUACAAUGCCGCUCCCCACUUUUAUCCUCCUGCAAGUUCUGUUCCACUUGGUAGCACUCAUGUUCCUCCCAAUUCUCACCCGCCAAGGCUCCAUAACCAGGUGACUGUGAAAUCACCUAUUAUCUCGCAUGCAGAGAAAGAUCCUCUUCCACUCUCAGGUUCUCUUUCUGUUGGGAAAGCAGAGGCUUCAAAGCCUUCAAGGCUAAAGGCCGAACUUCCAAUUUCUUCUUUGAGCUCUAGUUCACAGCCAAAGGCUGGUUUGGGAGUAUCGUAUGUGUCAGUUACCUCAUCAAGUCCUGUGACAGUGGAGAGGGAUGUACCUUAUUCGGCUUCUGGUUCAACUGCCAUGGAUGUUUCUGUAUCAGUAUCAACUAGAUCUUCUGAUGGUUCUAGAUUAGGAGUAUCACACCCUGACUCCCUCAAGGAUAUGCCUAAAAGACCAGGCAGUAGAGGCCAGCAGGAGCAGGAUCUCAGCCCAUAUACUUCUCUCUCAAAUUUUCCUUCACAACUGCCUGAUGUUGCAACAACUGAAGCAAAACAUAUACCAUCUGAAAGUGCCAAGGAUCCAUUAUUAACAGCUGUAGCUUCUUCUUCUGAGGCUUCUAGCAUAACAGGCGAGGGUGCUAUAGAAGAAAAGUCUGGAAAUACAAUUAAAGGUUUAGGAUCGGUAGUUAUAGAUAGCACACAAUCAGAGCCUGAAGCUAUUAGGGGAUUUGAGCAAGCAGAAGCAAUAUCGGCUGAAAGUAGUUUGGAAAACUCCAUGAAGUCUCUUACUUUGGAAUCUCCCGAAAAGAUUGGUAAACUUAAGGAAAACCCUAAUAAGGAAAUAGCAUCCAUCAAUAGUGGCUCAUCAGAACAUACACGUGAAAAGUCAGAACAGUUAUCAAGGUAUUGUUCCAAUGAUGUUGAGAGGGAAGGUACUUUAGCAGUGCCUGCUGACAUAUCUGGUGGAGAAAAACUUGAGAGUUCUGUGCCAGUAACUGCAUUAAACAAAAAUGAAAUUAUGGCUAGUAGUACAGGUGUCUUAGUUUCUCCAUCUCCAUUCAGUGUCAAAGAAAAAGGUUCAGAUGCAAAUGUUGCAAAAGGUGCUGCACCCAAGGGUAAGAAGAAGAAAAAAGAGCUUUAUAGAAAAGCAGAAGCUGCUAGUACAAGUUCUGAUCUUUAUAUGGCAUACAAGGGUCCUGAAGAGAAAAAGGAGACUAUAACUAAUGCAAAGGCCUCAGAGAAGCCUUCAAGUAUUAGCGAGGACAAAACAUCUAUUGGUGUAUCUCAGGAGAAUGUUGCGGCAUGUGAAAAACCUGCUUUAAAUAAAGUUGAGCCAGAUGAUUGGGAAGAUGCUGCUGAGAUUUCUUCUCCACAGUUAGGAACUUCAAGAAAUGAAAAUGAAGAUAAUGAUGAUGGUGAUGGAUCGACAACUAAAAAGUACUCCAGGGACUUUCUCCUCAAGUUUGUGGAGCUAUGCACUGAUCUUCCAGAAGGUUUUGAGAUUACAUCAGACAUUGCAGAUAGUCUGAUUUUUUCUAGUUUCAAUCUUGCACGUGAAUCAUACCCUACUCCUGGACGCAGUGUUGACAGGCAUAUCGGAGGCUCUAGACCAGAUCGUCGGGGAAGUGGCUUGGGAGACGAGGACAAGUGGAAUAAAUUCCCUGUGCCUCCUAUGUGGAAUGAUGGUGGUUAUAUGAAUAAUGCUGUUGGGUUUCGACCUGGUCAAGGAGGUAAUAAUGGUGUUCUAAGGAAUCCUCGGGCACAGACACCUCAAUAUGCUGGGGGCAUCCUCUCCGGACCAAUGCAGUCCCUUGGUCCUCAGGGUGGCCUACAAAGAAAUAAUGUUGAUUCUGAUAGGUGGCAUCGUGGAGCUGGGUUUCCGAAAGAUAUGAUGCCUUAUCCUCAAACACCUAUGCAGGUGAUGCACAAAGCUGAAAAUAAGUAUGAGGUAGGUAAGGUUUCUGAUGAGGAAGAAGCCAAGCAGAGGCAAUUGAAGGGCAUCUUAAACAAACUUACCCCUCAAAACUUUGAAAAGCUGUUUCAACAAGUUAAGCAAGUCAACAUUGACAAUGUUAUCACACUGUCUGGAGUGAUCUCACAGAUUUUUGAUAAGGCUUUGAUGGAGCCCACCUUCUGUGAGAUGUACGCCAACUUCUGCUUUCACCUUGCUGCAGAACUACCGGAUCUUAGUGUGGACAAUGAAAAAAUUACUUUUAAGAGAUUACUCCUAAACAAAUGCCAGGAGGAAUUUGAAAGGGGAGAAAGAGAGGAAGAAGAGGCAAAUAAAGUUGAAGAAGAAGGUGAAGUUAAACAGACAGCAGAAGAGAGAGAGGAGAAAAGACUCCGUGCUCGAAGACGUAUGCUAGGGAACAUUAGACUCAUUGGAGAACUUUACAAGAAGAGAAUGUUGACUGAGAGGAUAAUGCAUGAGUGCAUAAAUAAGUUGCUGGGUCAAUAUCAGAAUCCCGACGAGGAAAACAUCGAGGCUUUGUGCAAAUUGAUGAGUACAAUUGGAGGGAUGAUUGAUCACCCAAAAGCGAAAGAACAUAUGGAUGCCUAUUACAAUUUCAUGGCACAGUUAUCCAAUAAUAUGAAGCUUUCAUCGAGGGUCAGAUUUAUGCUUAAAGAUGCUAUUGAUCUAAGGAAGAAUAAGUGGCAGCAAAGAAGAAAAGUUGAAGGUCCGAAAAAGAUUGAGGAGGUACAUCGAGAUGCUGCUCAGGAGCGUGCACAAGUUGGUAGAUUGGGUCGCACUCCAAGCAUGGGUAAUUCUUCUAGAAGGGGUCCUCCUAUGGAUUUUGGUGCAAGGUCUCCUGGUAUGUUAUCCUCGCCAAAUUCCCAUAUUAGUGGUUUCCGCGGUGCCCCACCACAGCUACGAGGUUAUGGUUCCCAGGAUGUGAGGACAGAUGAGAGACAUUCGUCCGUUCCUUUGCCCCAAAGACCACUCGGUGAUGAUUUCAUUACUCUUGGGCCCCAAGGUGGUCUUGCAAGAGGAAUGGCUUUCACAGGGCAGCCAUUGGCAGCCAAUGUUCCUUCCGCUGAGAUGCAAAGUCUUGGAGAUGGAUGGAGGAUGGGACAUGGCCAGAAUGGCUUUAGUUCUAUCCCUGAAAGAGCAGCUUAUGGCCAAAGACAGGAUCUAAUGCCAAGGCAUAUGCAAGAAAGAUUUGCUGCGCCACCAACUUUUGAUCAAUCUCAUCCUCAAGAGCGAAAUGAUCAUGCUUCUGAUGGAUCUCUACCUACUUCUCCUUCUCCUCAAGGUGGCCAUCCUAGUAUUAUGAAUGAUGUGUCUUCAGAUAAGGUGUGGCCAGAAGAGCAAUUGCACGACAAGUCAGUUGCUGCAAUCAAAGAAUUCUACAGUGCAAGGGAUGAGAAGGAAGUUGCUUUGUGCGUCAAGGAUUUGAAUGCUCCCAGUUUUUAUCCAACUAUGAUCUCCCUAUGGGUUACUGACUCUUUUGAGAGGAAAGACAUGGAAAGGGACCUACUAACGAAGCUUCUAAUAAACCUCUCGAAACUUCAAGAUAGGGUGAUAAAUGAAGAUCAACUCAUCAAAGGGUUCGAAUCAGUACUUGCAGUCCUAGAGGAUGCAGUGAACGAUGCCCCCAGAGCAGGAGAGUUCCUUGGUCGAAUAUUCGGCAAAAUUAUACUUGAGAAUGUAAUCUCACUUUCUGAUAUCGGUCGGUUGAUAUAUGAAGGUGGAGAAGAGCAAGGGCAGCUUGUAGAAUCAGGGGUUGCAGCCAAUGUCCUUGCAAGUAUCUUCGACACAAUCAAAUCAGAAAAAGGUGACUCUGUACUAGAUGCGGUGCGUUCGAGCUCUAAUCUGCGGGUGGAGGACUUCAGGCCUCCUGGCUCUAACAAAGCAUUUAGAAUAGACAAGUACAUUUAGAGAGAAAAGGGGGUGUGCUGAUUGUAUCUGGUAGAAAAAAUUCAUUUCUUGUUUUUUAGGUCACAUAUUUAAAAUUGGGAUAGUGAGGAUAAGUCUAUUCAUGUCUUUAGAUAUAUUGUUUCGCCAAGGAUACUGAAACCAAUUUAUGGAAAGAUUCAAUUGAACACCCAAUUUCUGCGCC